GUUGCCCUGAAGUCCCUCUGUCGGAAAAUUGGGAGAAAUGCACGACUCUGCAAGUGUCUCCUACCACACGUUGUUAAUAACAAUGACUGUGAAACGGGACAUACGUUGCGCAGCUGUGGUUGCAGAUGUCACUGGAUUGAUCGAAUGCCACACAGAAUUGUCUUACUGAACAAAAACAGCCAUCGGCUGUUUAAUAAUGGCGAAACGAGCGUUUGAUCUAUUGUUUUACAUUUUUUUUCCUGUAUGCUAGCUUUAAUGGUUAUAUAUGCGCAGUUUUAGAGUCUCUAAAUAUAGUAACCAUUAUGAAAGUGAGCCUAUAUUAUAUUUAGGGACCUAAAUAUGUACCGGUAAGGUUGGUGAAUGGCUCAGUUUGAUAUGUGAAUUUGGAGACAUCUGCUGGUGAAGGGUGGAAUGAAAUGCAGAGCUAAUUUUAGGAACGGUUAAACAUCGCUAUUUCAAUGAUAAAAGCCCAAUGAAGAAGAAGUGCGAAUUUAUAAGAUGUAAUUUUAAACGGUCACAAGGUUGAUUGAGUUCCGGAAUAAACAGAGCGUCACGUGUCUGUUUUCACGAGUCAGCUGACCUGAAGCAAGACCAAUUGUAUUCGGGCUCUCAGGAAGGCAAACCGACGCACGCGGAGAAGGGUUGAGGUUUAUUUGUGUCCAGCCGAUAUACAUACAUGAAUACCGAGCAGGUGUCGGUUCUGUACUUUGCAAAAAGUGCCGAAUUUACGGGACUUAAAGCAGAAAACAUCACGGUUCCGUCAAACAUAUCAUCUCUACAGCUGUGGCAGCAUUUGGAGACCAGACAUCCGAGACUCUCUGUGUUACGGGAUCAGGUGGUUCUGGCCGUGCGCCAGGAGUACGUGCCUCUGGGAGAGCAGCCCUUGACCCUCAGAGACGGGGACGAGGUGGCCGUUAUACCGCCCCUUAGUGGAGGCUAAAGAAAUUACCAAG